GGUCAGGCAUACAUUCAGACACCUCGUGAAGGACCCUGCAUUCACCAUGGCGGCGCCCGGUGAACCUUUAAACUGUGAGGACUUCUCAAUGUUUCAGGAGGCCCUGAGGGUGAUCCGGACCAUCGACGACCGCAUCGUCCAUUCCCUGAACACGAGCGUCCCCACCGUCUCCUUCUCAGGCCGAGUGGACGCCACUCAGACAUGUGAAAAACUCUACCAAACGAUGAUGGAGGCCCAUCUGAGCAGAGACAAAGCCAUCAAGGCGUGUUUAGCCCAGACCUCUGAGGCAAUGGGACACUUGAGAGAAGAAAGGACAAAAGAUGCUGACAACCUUGCAGUACUUAAACAGCUUAGAAAAGAGCAAACCAAGUUGAAGCUAAUGCAGUCAGAGUUGAAUGUUGAGGAGGUGAUCAAUGACAGAAGUCUGAAGGUUUUCAAUGAAAGAUGCAGAACUCACUACACGCCCCCUAAGGUGAAGUGACUUGAGUCUGUGUACGGUUCAGAGAGCUGCCCCCAGACCAGCACUAUUCUGGAGCUACCUAGAAACGAAGCCGGACCCCGUCUGCUCUCCCAGCCCUCCCAUCACUGUGGCCCCUCAUCCCGAUCCAGAGAGCUGCUUGGACCCUGACCCUGUACUGCCAUAAACAAACUGGAAAGACCCCCACCUCCCUUUCAGCGGGGGAGGGUUCCCCUCUGUCUCUCCUCGUCUGAAAGGCAUUGUAUGAAAUUUAUUUUAUAUAAAUAUAUACGUACUUAAAUGCUUUCUGGUUCUUUCUGUGAUAUAAGCCCUCUCCACCAGAAAUUGUGGAGAUAGAAUUUUUUUUUUUUUUUUUAAGAGACAUGACAUGUCAUCGCCAUCAUCACAUUCAUCAUCAAUGUAUGUGUUGGCCCAAAACAAAUGGAGGAAUUAUCUUUGUUGAAGUUGAGUUGAUCACAAUGGUCCAUACCCCUCCCACCUUUAGGCUCAUCUGAUCACAAUUGUGUACACCUCAUAAAACUGCUCUCAAGAGAGGCAAGGUACUGACUGUACAUAUUAAGGACUGGUCAGAGAAUGCUUGCCUGUCUCUUCAGGGCUGUCAUUUUGUCACAAAAACAUUAAGAACAAUUUCUUAUUUACAGCAUUGAUCUGGUCCAAGUGGCCCCAACAGGAAUCAAGGUACAAAUAAAAAAUACACAACGGAUAUACAAAUGCACAGCCUAUGUACAGACAAACAAAAAUAGAACACAAAUGUAAAUGAAUGCAACGAGUGUAAAAGGGCUGGACAGGGUUUAAUGAAUAAAAGACAACCAAAAUAAAUGGAUGUGUGUGCGUGCGAGCACACGUGCAUGCGAGCAGAUGCGUGUGUCUGGGUGGAAAAAAAAUCGAAUAUAAACGCAAGCGGUGAUUAACGGGGUCCGAGCAAAAUUAAAAGUCAAGAAGACACUAAUGGAAGAUAUAUAAAUGACAAAUAAUUAUGAAGGAAAGAUGAUGAAGAUGUUCCACUUAAUGCAAUACUGUGCCUCGGCUUUCAGGUGAGCUGCAAAGCAAUGGCCGAAUGUCAUGUUCAGCACCCUAUAAUCGGGAUUCGAACUCUCAACCUGUACAAGGCAUUAUCCCAUUGAGCCACUGAUAAACCUGAACUGCAGCCUCAUUCACAUGUUCAAAAUGUUUAUUGUUAACGACAUCCAGAAACCUCCAAGCACACAUUUCUCAAGUGAAUUAAGGGCUUUCUUCAAAGCAUAUACCUGAGAAAGCUUUGAAAUUCUGGGGAAAUUAAACCUUUAGUUUGGAGUCAAGAACACUAACGGAAGAAAUAUAAAUAUGACAGUUAAUUAUGAAGGAAAAAUUCAGGAAUUUCAGGUGUUGUUCAGGUGUUUCUUAAAUGAGUGGCAAUGACAGAAUGUCAUGUUCAGCUUGUUCAUAAUGCUCUGAUCAAUAAGGGAGCCGAAGACCAGGGGGAAAAAGAUGCAUCUGAUUUUAGAGAUUAAUAUGAUGAAAGAAUUUUGAGUCCAGGUCAAUCUAGUAAGGAGAAAUAAGGCUAGUUCAUAUUUUUUUAAAUAGUGCCACCUUUGGGUGUAGUACCACAAUUUGGGUUUAUGGGUAGUGGGGGGUAUUGGUAUCCACCUAAUAAUAGUCUUUAUACAAUAACAAAAUGGUCAUAAAAGAAAAAUGGGCUAACUGCUCCAACUUUAUAGGCCAGUAUUUCUCAAAUGGAACUAAAUAAAACUAAUUCUGUUUGAUCGAGUCCUUCAGGAACAACAGAGAAGAGCAAGAAGUGCAUUUUAUCUUAUGUGCCUAAACACUCAAUGCUCUGUUCAUUGUAGUCUUUCAGAGCAAAUGUGUUUUUCUUUGUAUUUUUGGUCUUUCUCUCAUUGCUUUGUUUAUGUCAGACAUGCUAAUCAGAUUUGCUUUUGCACCAGUAUCUAAUUUCAGUGUAAAUAUAGUCCCAUGUAUUUGUAGUGGUGCUAUCCAUUUAUCAUCUUUAACAGAAAAGAUCUGAAAUUCUGGUUUCUCUUCACAUUUCACCGUGCCAACAAAAAAUAUUUGGCUCAAAUCAGUGUCCUCCACAACAUGAACAGAUUUUCCUUUUUGUUUCUCUAUUCUUUUUGAAAAACAUUGUAUUUUUUGGUAACUGGGCAGAGUAAUUAAAACAUGUUAAUCCGCUGGUCCACUAGCAACUCUCUGUUACGGUUGAGUUAACCUAUAGUACAGCACACAAGUUCAGUCAGUGAUGUGAUUGUGCCCCGGUUUUGCCAUGUUAAAUUAAGCUGCACACUGUGUUCGUCAGGAACGAAAUAAAGCUCCUUCAAUGUGCAAUAAGAAGCCUCCCAUGAGUUACUACAUAAAUGUCGACGAGGAUAAACUAAAGCCGGUGCCUCGUGGGGAUGCAAGCAAACAGUAAGACUCUGUAAAGUUAGCGAAUCCGAAUCGGACGUUACCCGGAAAUAAUCAUGGCAGCGGCCUUGGUAGGGAGCACCGCUCCGUUCCACAGUAGCUGUGUUCGAAGUCGUUCCCUAUUCACUCACUCACUAUUCCCUAUAUAGUGUUCAUGAUAUAGUGCACUACAUAGGGAACGAACAAACGAGAAUUCGGACACUACGCUGAACAUUUCUAAGCGUCAUUUGCGUCAGUAAAUGCGUCUGGUAUUUAUGUGACGCAGACAGAUGCACCCACAUCAUGUAAACAAACGGGCACUCAUGAAGAAAGCUGGAGGUUGUAUUGAUGUUAAAUGUUACAUUUCCUUGAUCAAGGUUGUUUUUAUUAAUUUUGAAUGUUACAUUUUCUAUGUUAAAUUCCAAAUAAAUUGACAUUUCUAAACGAAAGCCGGAGACUCCCAUCAUUAAAUGUAUUCGUUUUCGCAGUAAUUCAGCUUCUUCUCCUCCAGAAAAACACGACCGCAUUGCAUUGUGGUAUACGGGAGUAACAUGUAGGGUACAUUGUAUGUACACUCAAAUUUUGGGUAUUUUAAGUGCACUAUAUAGUGCAUGAAAUUAACCACUGAGAAUUCGAACACCACUACAAAAUGGCGAGCACCCUAUAUAGUGCACUAUACCCGUGAUAGGGAACGAUUUCGCACACAGCAAGUGAGACGCAGACGUGAGAAGAAUAUUGUGAGGGUUUCCACCAUUUUAUUUAAGCUAAUGAAAUCACAGAUGCAAGUCGGCAGAAAGCUAUAUUGCUCAGUUCAGUGGGAAGUCAGACGUACAGCCUUGUGAGGAACCUUGUCAGUCCCGCCAAGCCCGGAGACAAGACGUUUGCCGAACUGGUCAAGAUUUUAAAGGAACAUUUCAACCCCAAACCCAGCGAGAUUGUGCAGUGGUUCAAAUGUAAUUCCGGACUUAGGAAGCUUGAGAAAACUGUAAUGGACUGACGUGGAUUAUGCCGGACCGUUCAUGGGAAAAAUGUUUUUUGUGCUCAUAGAUGCACAUUCAAAAUGGAUGGACGUGUAUCCAGAGAACUCUGCCACCUCAGCCACCACAAUUGAGUGCCUGCGUACCA